AUGGGCAAAGCAUCUCAGCUUCCUACAUUGCCCGCCCCCUUGUUUGCCACCCUCAACUUCCUGCCCCACCAGAGGAAGUGGGGAGAGACAGCAGGUGCAGCGACAGCUAUCGGGGCCAUGGACAAGGAGUAUGUGGGUUUCGCCGCCCUCCCCAACCAGCUGCAUCGCAAGUCCGUCAAGAAGGGGUUUGACUUCACACUCAUGGUGGCAGGGGAGUCAGGCCUGGGAAAAUCUACCCUCAUCAACAGCCUAUUUCUCACCAACCUCUAUGAGGAUCGGCAAGUCCCAGAGGCCAGGGCUCGCUUGACACAAACACUGACCAUCGAGCGCCGGGGCGUGGAGAUCGAGGAGGGGGGUAUUAAGGUGAAGCUGACCCUGGUGGACACACCUGGCUUUGGGGACUCAGUGGACUGUUCAGACUGCUGGCUGCCCGUGGUGCGCUUCAUUGAGGAGCAAUUUGAGCAGUAUCUUCAGGAUGAGAGUGGCCUGAACAGGAAGAACAUCCAGGAUUCCCGUGUCCACUGCUGCCUCUACUUCAUCUCACCCUUUGGCCGGGGGCUCCGGCCCCUAGAUGUGGCCUUCCUCCGGGCGGUGCAUGAGAAGGUCAACAUUAUCCCAGUCAUUGGCAAAGCAGAUGCCCUGAUGCCUAAGGAAACACAGGCCCUCAAGCAGAAGAUCCGGGAACAGUUGCAGGAGGAGGAGAUCAAUAUCUACCAGUUCCCCGAUUGUGACUCUGAUGAGGAUGAAGUCUUCAAGAGGCAGGAUGCGGAGAUGAAGGAAAGCAUCCCUUUCGCCGUCGUCGGUUCCUGCGAAGUAGUGAGGGACGGCGGGACCCGACCGGUGAGGGGACGCCGCUACUCCUGGGGCACCGUGGAGGUGGAGAACCCACAUCACUGCGAUUUCCUGAACCUGCGACGGAUGCUAGUGCAGACACACCUGCAGGACCUGAAGGAGGUGACACAUGAUCUGCUCUACGAGGGCUACCGGGCGCGCUGCCUACAGAGCCUGGCCCGGCCUGGGGCGCGUGAUCGAGCCAGCCGUAGUAAGCUCUCCCGCCAGAGCGCCACAGAGAUCCCGCUGCCCAUGCUGCCUCUGGCCGACACGGAGAAGCUGAUCCGCGAGAAAGACGAAGAGCUGCGCCGCAUGCAAGAGAUGCUGGAGAAGAUGCAGGCCCAGAUGCGGCAGAGCCAGGCUCAGGGCGAGCAGUCGGACGCUCUCUGAGACCCCUGCCCGGACCCUACUUUACCACGCCUCCGCCUUCAGUUCGUAUCUUGUCCAAUCCUCGAGCCCCAGGUUGCCCGGCGCUUAAUCCCGGAGCCCAAACCUGUAAGGCCCGCCCUUGCAAGGGGUUAGCGGGCUAGCAGGUUCUCCCAAUCCUGGAGUGUGUAGCCCCGCCUUUGGCUCCGCCCCGACCCCGCCUUGGCUCCGCCCCAAUCCGCCUCG